CCAAGGUUCACCAGUUGGAAAAUAUGUGGAAGUGUCAGCAUCCACCUCAGCCCUCAGUGUCGUGACACUCUCCCAUCUACUUCCCUUUGGGGCCUGCAAUAGUGAGGAUGAUGGAAAUCACAGAGCUUCAAAAGAUUGGUGUCGGCCUUGUGGGCUUUGGAGCAUUCUUUCUUCUUUUUGGAAUGCUGCUUUACAUGGAUGCAGUGCUUCUGGCCUUUGGAAAUAUCCUGUUCCUGUCUGGAUUAGCAGUUAUCAUUGGACUAAGAAGAACCUUUGGUUUCUUCUUCCAGAAACCAAAGCUUAAAGGAACCAGUUUCUUUCUAGGAGGCAUAGUCAUUGUCCUACUUAGGUGGCCUGUCCUGGGCAUGCUGCUGGAGAUCUAUGGCUUUGUUAACCUCUUCAGGAGUUUUUUCCCAAUUGCCUUUGGAUUUCUUGGUUCAUUGGUGAAUAUCCCAUUUUUGAGCAAGCUAUUCCAGAAACUUGGAGGCACCAGUUCCAUGGUGUAGCCUGGAUGAAUGACCUGUACCAACAGCAACUUCCUAUUCUACAAGCAAGAACUAAUUUUAAAAACAAAAAUGAAUGACCCGUUGUCUUCACAAUGACAUAUGAUUUAGCCUUCUGUUCCUACUUUUAAAUGAGGUGACCACUUAUAAGUAUGCAAGUCCAUUGGAAGAAAUUACUCAAAGAUGUUGAUUAUAUGAACAUGGAGUAAGGGUUCCACAACCAUCUACUGGAUCAUCAAGAACUCUCAUGCUCUCUUGCAGAGGAUCAUGCUAAAUGUUUGGACAGCAGCUGACUAAGCAAUGAAUUCACUGGGGGGGAAAACCUGUUUGUUGUCAAAUAGCUUCCAAAAGAACACAUCCAAAUAGGAUUGUCACUGUUCAAGCAUGUUUUUCUAUUACCAGAUGGUGAAUCUAUGGCGGGUUAAAAACCGCCAUAAAAUACGUAUUGACUACGUAUUAGGGUUAGGAAGGGGCGGUGCUUCCGCACCCCCCUAACCCUAGUACGUAGUCAAUACAUAUAAUAUGGCGGUGGCCGUUCCACACAGCCGUCG